AUGGCAAUCAAGUCUCUAGUCAAUGGGAUAGUAACCAAGAUAAGCUCAGUGGAAUGUGGCAAGAACCUUGAGGUUACCAACGAUGGAUUGUCAUACGACCCAAACGCACCAAAGGCAGUGGUGUUAUAUAGAUACGAAGCAACAGAGGACCAAGAGAUAACAUUGGAAGAAGGUUCACUCAUUGAUAUUAUAGAGGAGGCUAGUGAUGGUUGGUGGAAAGGAUGUACAAUCGCCAAAGUCAGAAAGGAGGGCAUAUUCCCAUUCAACUAUGUUAGAAAGUUAACGUCGGAUGAGUUUGAAGAAUGGCUACAAGGUGAUGAUGAUGAUGAGGAUGACGAACAACAACAACAACAAGUAAAACAACAGAUGUCAAAGCUACAAGUUACAGAUAACAACAGUGCAGCAGAUUCAUCUAGCUCAUCAAGUAGCCCUGCAUCAUCAUAUAUCAAACCAUCAGAGACACAUAGCACGGCGACUUCAACAUCACAAACCAACGCCGACUCAAACAUCACGGUGGCAGGAUCUCCAUCGACACCGCCACCACAAAGACUCUCAACUGCCAUCUCAUCUUCAUCGCCAGCUCAACAUGUAACAAUCAGGGAAGGAUACCUGACAAAGAAAGGACACAUUAGAAGGAACUGGAAUGUUAGGUGGUUCCAAUUAAAGAGGAAUGUAUUGACUUAUGCCAAGUCACCAAAGGAGAGUAAGGUCAGUGGCGAGCUGGUUCUUACACCAGACACUCAAGUGGACAUUGCAACCUCUAUGAAGAGGACCAAUUGUUUCCAGAUCAAAGUGCCCAAUCACAACAACACCAACAAGGAGCUACUCUUCUACUGCUCGGCACAAUCAACCGAUGACAUGGAAUCAUGGAUAGCCUGUAUUAAUCAAGCCAAAAUUGUACAUUAA